UUCUCCCAGCCUUCAGGACUGAAUUUAUUAAGCCUCACGUGGCCCCUCCUACCGUGGGAGGGACGGCUCUGCAGCCUCUCUAAUGCUGGGUGUCACAGAGCCGUGCCACCAUUUGGGACCAGGAGUGUCACGAGCAAAGGACACCAUCACCCAAGUCUGGCAGAGAGCAGGAAUACCCCUCCACGUGCACCCUGCUGAGGGGUGUUUUGCUCCAAGCCUAUUAACUCCAGCAGCCUGGGGAGGGCUGGUACUGGGGGUUUUGGAAAAAUGACCGUCCAGGGGCCCCAUCCUUUGUCCAGGCUGAAUAGCACUCUGCAGAGCUGCCGACAGAGAUCAUCUGGGCUGCUCUCCAUGGCUCAUAUUCCCGGUGUAUAAAGCAAAGCUGUAACUUUGAGCAUCUCCAGAUUUCCUGAGAAGUUUACAGGAAAGACCAAGUGGUGAUGGUCUCCCGCCACGCAAAGGAAAUGAAGAAGAUGAGAUAAAGCUAUUCAGAUGGAAGCCAGUUCCACCAGCCUCAAGAAGAUCAAAUUUGGGAAGCUGAAGGUGGUACGUCGGCGCUUGCUGCAGAGAUAUGAGCACCAGCCCUUCAUCUCCUGCCUGGCUGGGUUCUACAGCUGCCGAUGGAAGCGCUACCAGCGCAGAAGGACCGAGCCUGGGAAAUGCUGCUGCAAGACGCGGGAAUGUGUGUUUUUCCCACUGCUUGUUGGAGCUUUCUGCUUUUCUCUGGUCUUCCUGUACAUGUGGGGUGAAGCAAAAAAUGACUACAAUAACUUUGACUGGUAUAACUAUGGGAACCUAGGCUUCUGGUUCCUCUGGUCUCUGGUUCUCCUGAUAGUGGCUGCAAUCCUGUUCAUGUACAUCACACUGCUUUUGGUCCUAGCAAUGUGCUUGCUCGCAGAAGGGCAGCAGCUAUACUUGCACUGGAGUCACAAGAUUGGGACUUUUCUUGUCCUGGGUUUCUCUAUCACAGCAAUCUUCAUAUUGUCUGUACUCUGGGGAGAUCAAUGGAAAACAGUCCGCCUGUCGUUCCAGAUCACAGCCCCCUAUCUCCACAUAGGAGCAAUAACCAUCAUGGUCCUCCUCUCCUGGCCCAUGGCUCUGCAUGCCAUCAGAGCAGAUAAGAAAGUUGUUCAGGUGAUAAUUGUUGGUCCAUACCUGGCUAUCCUUCUCUUUCUUUUCUUGAUACCUCUGGGGAUGUACUCUCCUUGCAUCAGAGAGGUGGGGACACUUGGACCAAAGCCAGCCCUCAUCGGACACCGCGGAGCACCAAUGGUAGGUGUGGAGAAGUAGUUGUACAUCUCUUCA